UACUCUCACCUCUUUAUCCCCAACACCCCUCAAAAAAAGAAAAAGAAAAAGAAAAGUAAAACUUUCUCAAGAUCAUCUUUUUCAACCCUGUAAAUCUUAUAAACCACACACACACACAUACACACACUCAGAAAUAAAUUAAUAAAAUUGCAAUUUCUCUCUCAAGAACACACAGUGAGAGUUCCCUCUUUCAUGGCGACCCCACUCUUCUCUUUUUCUAGUGCAAAAAGAGCAGAGGUGAAGCUGUUGAUCCUCUCCUUCUUUUAGAGCUGUAAACAGAAUCCCUUUUUCUUGCACUCUCUUGGGGGAAACCCUAAUUCACAGACGGAAUUACGAAGAGAAAAGUGAGAUCAGUUUUUCAGGCAAGAACCCUUUUUCGUAAAGGACGAGGAGAAGAGUAGAUCAGAGGUUUUCUUGAAGUACUGAUCAUCGAUAUGGAAGUUACUUUCUCGCACUAGAAGAGGAGAGAGAGAGUGAGAGAGAUAGAGGGAGAGAGAGAGGAGGAAAUGAUGGAUUCUGGCAACAGUGGCAGCCUGCAGUCGUCGAGUGGUGGCGAUGACGAGUACGAUUCACGCGCCGCCGCCGACUCUGUUUCGGCUUUCAUGGGAGGUGGACCAAUUUCCAACCCUGCGCCGGCGUUCUUUGACCCGCUUUCCAACUACUCGUCUCUCCUCAAUCCAAGCAUGGCGUGGCCCAGGGCUUCUGCUCCGGCUCCAAGAUCCGACCCGAAUCCAAUUACCCAUGAUAUCAUCAUCAACCCCAUGCUUUCCAGCUCUUCCCCUUUUCUGCCAGCUUUCCAACAGCCGGAGGCGGUCGGAGUAGACAGUAGCAGCCCCACCCUCGGGGCGCCGCCACCGCCGCAGAAUCAGAAUCAGACGGCGGCGCGUAACCCGAAGAAAAGGUCGAGAGCCUCUAGACGAGCGCCGACCACCGUGUUAACCACGGAUACCACCAAUUUUAGAGCCAUGGUUCAAGAAUUCACUGGAAUCCCUGCCCCACCCUUCAACAAUUCUCCUUUCCAGAGAAGCAGGCUCGAUCUUUUCGGCACAAGAUCCAUCUCCUUGGACGCCGCUCACCCGCCGCCGUACCUCCGCCGUCCCUUCGCCCAGAAAGCUCAACCCCCGCUACCUUUUCUUGCUUCCUCUUGUAAUUCUCUGCUGAGCUCCGCCGCCGCCGACGCCAUGGUAGCUGCUUCAACUACUACUAACAACAAUAUCAUUAGUACUACUUCAUCUGUUUCUUCAACUACAACUGCAGCUUCUAGUUCAACUCCACAGAUUAACUACCAACUGCCGCUCACACACAGUUCAAAUCUUUUCAACCUUCCAAACCCACUCCUCACUUCUCUCCAAACCAACCCCAAAUUUCCAUUCUCGAAUCCUCCCGCAAUCGGCUCAAAACCUCACAACUCAUUCGAAAUCCCAUCAAGCGAUCAAUUUGGCAAUCUGGGUCGCGAGAGUCGUCUUCCGAUAACCCUUAACAGCCUCCAAAACCUGAUUACUUCCGACCAAAUACCACCGCAGAACGCCCGGGACCGAAACGACAACACCGACAGCAGCAAUGCCGCAAGGUGGGACAAUAAUCCGGCGAGCCCAGAAGGAGAUAAAGACAGUUUGAGGCCUGUCAUCGGCGGCUUCAGCUUCCCCCGGAACACGAUAAACGGCAAGAUGAACUACUCGGCUUCUUCUAUGUCGAGCUUUAACGGAGAGAAGGGGCCACCGGAAAACGUCGCCGCUGCUAGGGGAGAAGACAAUAACGAUAUAUACGAAGAAUCUUUUGUGGGUAGCAAGAACGGCGGGGUUUUGCCGCCGCCGGAGCUUUGUUCUGGUUUUCUUGAAUUCUUGAGUCUUCCUUAGUUUGUUAUUCAUGUUUUCAGUCGUUUUUGAUUAAUAAUCUGUAAGCGCUGCGUCGCAGCAAUCGGUGGCGGGAUCUGGGGAGUGGUUGAGCGCCGCCGCAACCCUUGUGCAAGAAACUAACAUGUUCCGUUGUGGAAAAUGAUAUCGUUUUGGUUGAAUUGAAAUUUAAUCAUAUAUAAUUAAUAAAAAA